GUCAUCUAUUUAUGGAAUCGCGUGUACGAUGUCUCACCGAGAUGCCGAAGCCAGAUCGCUGCCGGAAAUGAGUGCGAGCCAGAAGCCUAGGUUGAACCCGGCCGGCGAGGGCUCCGAGCCCGGCGAUUCGGGGAUACUCAACGAGCGGGUACUCCUCCUUGUAUUAAACUCUCUGCAGUGGGAUAUCCACGUGCUCUGCCACACAGCGGCUGUUAGCCGGAAGCUUCGAGCGGUCGCGAAGAGGAUUUUGUGGAGGGAACUGUGCGUUUAUCGCGCGGCGCGCAUGAUAGCGGCAUUGACGAACGGCGGGCCGAACAGCCGGAUCGGAGGCGGAUGGCAGGCGUUGGCCAAGCUGCUCUUCUUCUGCUGCGGCUGCGCGUCGACUCGUAAUUUCCCGGUGAGUCACGCAUUGCCGGGCCACUUCGUGAAGGCGUCUCGGUUUUCCAAGACGUCGGGUCGGAGCUUCCUAACGAAGAAAUGCAGGGGCGACCUGCUGUACGUGAGCGACCCGUGCGAGCAUCCAGGAGGCAGCAACGGGGAGGAGGAUUUGGGGAUUUACAGAGGGGUAUUUCGGGGAUUCAUGAAAUCAAGGACGAGGGCUUGCCUGAUCGCUCGCCAGGUGGAGCUCGAGGAAAGGGUGAGGUGUCCUUACUGUGGGGCCCGCGUGUGGAGUAUGACCGCUGCUAAGCUCGUCCCAAGAACUGCAGCUUGGCGGCUCGGUUCGCGUGACGGUGGCCUGGAGUUUUUCGUCUGUUUGAACGGCCAUAUGCACGGCUCGUGUUGGUUAGUCCCUCUGUCGUCCGAUGAAGCUGCUGCUGCCAACACGGACGAUCAGGAUUGCAGUGAUCACAGCGAAGACGAUGGUGGCGGGCCCAGUGGAUACGGUGGUGCUGAUCGGACGGACACGAUGACUAACGGAAGUAUGAGCUCGGUUGAUGAGUUCGUCGCCCGCUGAUUGAAGUCUAUGAGUGAAGCCAUCUCUUGCCACGUCAACGGAGACCAGGGUUUUUGGAUGCCCGCCCGCCAGUCUUCAGAAUAAUCCACUUGUAAAUUCUGUGUGCCAUUCUCCCUCGUAUUACAAUUUUGUUUGAAUGGUUUCGCAUAAUAAAAGAGACAUUAGUUUCUUAUUGUUGGGGGCGCAGUCACUUCAUAGUAAAUAGCUUUCGCAGUCACUUUUAUUUUUUUUAUAAAAAAUAUGUAUUGUAUUAUCAUUUAAAAUUUCUUUCUAUAAAAUUUAUUUUUCAAUGAA